GUGACUAGUAUUUCUAGGAUUUUCAUGAAUGGCUCUGCGGUUGGUAAGUUCUGCGCUUUAUUACUGUGUGUAUGUGGAUGCGAAUUCCCCUAAGACACAAAAAUAGAUCUGUGUUCACGCAAAAGAAAACACACCUUAGGUGUGUGUCUUCCAAUCAAACCGGAAAAUCAAAAUUCAAUGGCCGACACGACUGUUCCACGAACGGAAGAUUGUCAAAAUCUCUUUGUUGUAUCUGGCAGUGGGGAAUCUACCACGAUAACUGACAGCAGCACCAUAUCAAUAUCAUCAAACGAAGAAUAUUCAGAUUUCCUCGACAACGCAAAUACAGAUUCAUGUACAUCAGCUAAGCAGCAUAAAAAGAUGCAAACACUACAGAAGGCUGAGAAGCAGACAGAUCUAGACCAAAACCAAGAUGAAAAUGGUUUUAGCUGUAACUGGUCGCAAACCUUGUCUGAUAUCACAGUAACUAUAACUCCUCAUAAGCCCAUUCCACCACCAUGUUCCUAUGACAUAUCAUUUACCAGUAAGGAAGUAAACAUCAGUGUUUCAGCUGACCUGGCCUAUGUGAUACGGUUUUUUGGUGCUAUUGAAAAAGAUAAAAGUAGAGUUAAGUUGGGGAAGAAUUCAAUCAUCUUGCUGAUCACAAAGCAGAAUGAAACAUUGUGGCCAUGUCUGGAGGAAGUUCAGGAAGGCUCUUUGAAGGAUAUUUGUAUUGAUGGAUUAGAUGAAAAAACCAUGGAAGUUGAUGAUGUAGAAAUGCCAGCAGCAGUGGAGGAAGCGGACAAGAAAAAUGAGCCACUUGGAAUAGAGAUUAUAGAAAAAGAUGAAGAGCCAGUAUACCUGCUUGAACUCCUUAAACAUGAUUACAUUGAAAGGGACUGUGUGAUAACAGUGUACGUGUAUACUAAAGACCUGGACAAAGAUGCCGUCAAAGUGACAUUUUCCAAACAAGGAUUUGUGCUCAAAUUCCAGUCAGGUGACCAGAAGUUUCUAGAGCUUCACCAAGGGAGUUCAAGGGAUACAGUCUUUACCUGGCCUGUCACAACCAGGGAAGAAAUCAUUCCAGAGAACUGCAAGUUCAAAGUUUUUCAGAGCAAGAUUGAGAUAACUCUUGGGAAAACUUGUAAUAAAAAAUGGGCGUCUCUGGAAGCUUUAUCAAGAAAAGAAAAUUCAGACAAAUCCAGGUCUGACUCAUGGAUACCCAUCACUAAGUCUAAUGUCACAACCAAGGAAGUGUCCACUGCUAAGGUAUCUGAUGCCAAGUCCUCUAAAGUUAUGUUUGAUGACCUUUCUGAUAUUAAUGUACGCGGACCAAGGUCUAAAGUGGCCUUAGCUCCAGAGUGCCUACAGCGAAAUGAUACAGAGUCUGAAAUGGGGGCUGCAAUGGGAGACAACUUAAAGCUGAGAUCAAAUUUACCUUAUGAACUGAAUAAACCAACAGCUAAAGUUCAGCCCUUGAAUAACCAGAGCAUUGAGUCAGGGAUGGUUGUGUCCCCUGGUUUUUCUGGCCUUGUUAACCUGGGCAACACCUGUUUCAUGAAUUGUGUGUUGCAAGUUUUAGCUAAUACCAGGGAGUUUAGGGACUACUUUCUAGAUGGAAGGUUUCAGGCAGAAAUCAAUGAGGACAACCCCCUAGGCAUGAAAGGCCAACUGGCAUCUACGUUUGGUAUGUUGAUGCGAUCACUUUGGUCUUGUAAAAAACAGUGCUGGGAGCCACGCAAACUAAAGGAUUUGAUAUCCAAAAAGAACCCACAGUUUUUCGGUUAUGCUCAACAUGAUGCACAUGAGUUUCUGGCUUUCUUGUUGGAUGGUUUACAUGAGGACUUGAACCGCAUCAGGAAGAAACCAUACACACAAACUGUUGACUCGGAUGGUCGACCUGAUGAGGUUGUUGCCUCAGAGGCUUGGGCCCAAUACAAACAGAGAAAUGACUCAGUGGUUGUUGAUCUCUUUCAAGGGCAAUAUAAAUCCAAGCUGGUUUGUCCAAAGUGUGGAAAGGUAUCCAUCACAUUUGAUCCCUUCCUCUACCUAUCUGUGCCGCUGCCAAAGAAAAUGAAAAUUGUACCUGUGAAUUUCAUGUGGAAAGAAUCUUACAAAAAGCCUGUCAGGUAUCAGAUCCAGCUCAGCUAUGAGAGCACCGUUGAAAAACUGAAAGAGGAACUGUCUGCCCGAACUGGAGUUCAAGCCUGUGAUAUCAGAGUUUUUGAAGCGUACAAAGGUCGCAUUCACAGAAGAUUUCCACCAAGAUAUAGUCUAGCGAGUGUUGAGCAGAAGGAUGUUAUAAUAGCCUGUGAAGUUCUAUCUGAAGAGUUGGCAGGCGAGGAGGUUAUUGAGUUGCUUGUGAUGCAGAGAACCCUAUUCCCUGUGGACUAUCCUACCACUUGUUCAUCCUGUCUAAAAACUUGUCAUGAUCCCAGCAACCAGCUCAAGAGGUGCACCAAGUGUUUUAAAGUCGGAUACUGUGACCGGUUAUGUCAAAAGACCCACUGGAAUCAGCAUAAGUCAUCGUGCAGCGUCCAGCCUGAGCCUAUUGGCUGUCCUUUUAUUCUCUCCGUCCCUGCCUCCAGAGCUACUUAUGGCUAUUUGAUCAAACAUAUGGAAGGCUUUUCAAGGUUUUCUGUGGACAUUUUCCAACCUCCAGUGCGCUCAACAGAAGUGGGAAACAAGCCAUCAUCAAACCUCAGUAGCUCUCUAAGCCAGUCCUGUUCUAGCCUGAACAGCUUGGACAGCCUGUCCUCCGCCAGCAGCACCUGCACGCUCACUGGUGACCAGUCUGACCCCCAGGCCCAGCUGGACGGGGAGGAGGACAUUGGAGAAACAAUCUCAUCCAACAUUAAUGCUGUAGAUUCAGAAUGUGCAGUGAGUUCAGGGAUUUGUUCACAAACUGCAAGCUCUGACAGCUUUGAUACCACAAGACACAGCAACCAAGACAGUGGCUUGGAUUCUGUCUCAUUUAAAUCCUCAGAAAAGCAAGUGCCCAUGUCCCAUGUUAUGGGCAUGCAAGUGGGAGAUGUAGAGAGGGACCGUGCAAUGCCCACAUUUUUUAUUAAACCUGUCAAUCUGGAGGGUGAUGGCAUCAAAGGAGCAGAUCGUCUGGAAGAUAAAGGUGACCAGCCUCUAGAAUUUCCCUACAGGAAUUUGUCAAUGGAUUGGCGCAACAAUGAAAAGCUACAAUCUUUUGUAUUGGUGCAAUCCAAGGAACUGGAAGCAGAAGAAGCUGACAAUCUCAACAACUUGGCAGCAGCUUGUAACAAACCAACACUGAGUCAGUGUUUAGAACUGUUUACUGAGCCAGAGGUUUUAAGUCCAGAGGAAGCCUGGUACUGCCCAGCCUGCAAGAAACAUGUGGAGGCCAGCAAACAAAUGGCUGUGUGGAGGCUACCUCAUACCCUAGUCAUUCAGCUCAAAAGGUUUUCAUUCCAAAACUUUCUCAUGAGAUCAAAGAUUAAAAAGCAUAUUGACUUCCCCACACGAGGCUUGGACAUGACACCAUUUUGUCAUGGUUUAAAGCCAAAUGAACCUCCAGCUAUCUAUGAUCUGUAUGGAGUAGCUAAUCAUCACGGCCUGUUGAUUGGAGGUCACUACACAUCCUAUGUGAAACUAGCAGGGGAUAACUUGACCGGGGCGGAUGAUGUUGGCUGGAGAUUGUGUGAUGACAGCCGUGUUAGCCCAGUACCCAAUGAGAAAUCAGUUGUCACCCCUGAUGCCUACCUACUGUUUUACCGGCGUCGUGGUUGCCACGCUACCAUUGGCAAUUCUGUGACCAACCUAGAAGCCUCUGAAGCAUCAGCCACCUUGCUUUACUCCAACGUUGAGGAUGAGAGAAACGGCAACAUCCUGCCCACCCCCAGCACAAACAUGAGAAUCAAGGAAUCUGUGAACAACAAACUCCUGCGAGAGCUGAAGCGCGGGGAAGCUUCAGAGCGCUGCAGCUAUGAGAAGAUGAACAUUGUGAACAUGUGUAGGGACCAGGCCCCUUUUGGUGACUCGGGUAGGAUCAUGUCUCAGUACCCAGUCAGUCAGCUGCCUAGGGGGAGGGCUCAUGUGGGGGAGGGAGACGACACGGAGAAGGGUGACAAAGAGAAAGAUAGCUAUGAUGCUGAUACUGAGAAAUAUGACUAUAAUUAUGAUGAUGAUGAAAGAGAAGAGGAUGAUGGUGAGGCGAGAAGCCUGGUGAUUGAUACUGGUUCUGAUUUGGGCUAUACUGACAUGGAGGCAGUGGAUUAAAUUCAGUUGUGGAGGCGCUGGAUUCAUGCUAGCCUCACUCACUUGACAGGGAUAACAUUUUCCAUUUUGUAUUUAUUCACUUGUUGGUUUGAGUGUGUGUGAUUACCUUCCAUCAAGUCUAUUUUUAAUGUUCCAUUUUUGGACAUGAUUAUUUCAGUAUUACUAUUGUUGGAAUAUUUUUAAACACGCACUUGCUCAUUUAAAAAUCAUGACUGUGUAGUUUUCAUUUCAACAUUGGUGUGUUGUAUGAAUGAAUAACUUGUGUUUUACCUUUAAUGGUAUAGGAUGAACAAAUAAAAUGUAGCACAUUUUAAGAUAGUAAAAAACUUAAGUCCUGUGCUGUAAUUUAGUAUAGCACUUGUGUCACUCAUCACUGCUUGAUUUGUAGGUCACCACCCUGUAGCGUCACUUAUCUAGGUGACCAACCCCAGUACUAACUGUGAUAUAUUGCCUUUUCUCUGCGUGUUUUAGUUCUGCUUGGUUCACCUGAGAAGCAGUUUAGCCCAUAUUACCUGGGCCAGUCAGCAGCCAUUACUGAACAGGUUAGGUUAACCACUAUUGACUGAACAGGUUAGGUUAGCCACUAUAGACUGAACAGGUUAGGUUAGCCACUAUUGACUGAACAGGUUAGGUUAGCCACUAUUGACUGAACAGGUUAGGUUAGCCACUAUUGACUGAACAGGUUAGGUUAGCCACUAUUGACUGAACAGGUUAGGUUAGCCACUAUUGACUGAACAGGUUAGGUUUGCCAACGUUGCCUGGACAGGUUAGGUUACUUAUAAUGUCAGAACAGAUGAGGUUAAGUUACCUGGUUAGGGUAGGUUAACCACCACCACUACCUGGACUGGUUAGGUUAGUUAAUAAAACCAGUUUAUCUCAGAUUAGCCACUCCUACCUGAAGAAGUUAGCCACUUAUUGAUUUACCUGUGUACUGCUGAUGAGAGGCACUUAACAUAUUUGUAAAUAUCAAGUUGUGUUUUUAAAUUUUUAUAACUUAUUGUUAGUUACAUAUCAUAUACGUUUACACACUAACUGUUUACUGUUGAUAACUUUACGUAGCAGUCAGAUCCUGACUGAAAAACAGAUGUAUACAAUAAUCAUUUUUAUACUUGGUUUUUCCCCUACUACUUGACGUCAUAAUGCUGUAUUUUUAAAUGAACUGCUCUUGUAGGAAUGGUGUAGGUACUUGAAAUCUAUAGUUUUAAAAAAUGACACUGUUGACUUAAGCAAAAUUACAACUUCUUAUUUCUAUUUUUAUACAUUUUAAACCCUUAUAAAAACUUGUGUUGGAUGAAUUUCUACUUUUUUCAAUCAGGAAUAGGAUACAAUUGUUACAUUGACAUGACCGUAGGUAACAUGAUAUUAAAUUCAUUUCCGCUACAUCUUGUAUUAGAUUUUCAGGAAAAAUAAUUGUUGGUGACAAUUAUUAACAUUUAUAUUAUAACGACUUUUUUGAAGACAGCAUUUCAGUUUGUGCCCAUGAAAUGUAUGUCAAGUAUUCAAUAAAUUGACCAAAUGCUGUCCAAAUACCAGAAGUAUACCCAGGUUUAUCUCAGCUCUUUCCCCUGUGUCUAACAAGAUUGUACAUUUUAUUUAUUUGAAACAAGAAUGUACUUGUACAAUAUAAAAUUAUGUAACUGAAAAGGUGACAGAAAACUCAUUUUGAUUACUACCUAGUUAAUAUCACUUGGACAAUCACACAUUGAAGAAAUCACUGCCAACAACUAGAGGUAAUUUACACAAUGCUGACAUUGACUUAUUUUUUUACCAGUAUUUCAGUUCAUGGUGUCACUAAAGAAAGCUUGAUUUGCAUUAACUGUAUUUUAAUGAUAGAUGUUUCACUUUUUCGCCUCUACCCCAUAGAUGUUGACAUUUCAGCCAAGUUACCUCUGGUUGACUUGUUGUCACACAGUUUGUACCUCGACAAAUUCAAUACUUCAUUUCUAUUUGGAGCACUAGCUAAAACAAUAAAGUUAAUUAUACUUAACUAUUUAAAAUUUCAAGUAUAGUACUGUGCAGAAGCUAAUAAUUGAUGCUUAGAAAAAUGGUUACAAAACAAGUAAAAUCAUGUAUCUAGCACAAGAGAUAAUCUUCCAUAAAAUAAGAUGAAAUGGCAAAUGGGGAGAUACUGUUACAUUUUUUUAUUCUCCACCUACCAGCAAUGCAAAGUGUUUCACUUGUUAACUCAUUGUUUCCAUAGAUGUUGUUUUUUUUCCUCUACUCAAAUUUAUUUUUGGCAACUAGUUUGUUUACCACUGCCAUGAAUUAAAAACUCUACAAUUUGA